AUGUUGGGUUCCUAUCUGGUGGCCGCGCUGGCCUCUGCAGCAAGCAUUUCGAUUGUCUCAUGUCAGAACACGACGCAAAAGUUCGAAGCUGAAGAUGCGGUUCUCUCUGGGACAGAGGUCGAUACUGCGACACCAGGCUUCUCUGGCACCGGAUACGUGACUGGCUUCGAUGAAGCAACAGACAAGCUCACAUUUCACGUGGAGAGUUCUGGUCAAGCUUUGUACGACCUCAGCAUUCGCUAUGCUGGCAUUUAUGGCGAGAAGCGGACAUCCGUGGUCCUCAACAACGGCAGCACGAGCGAGGUUCUCUUUCCGGCCACUGAUGUCUUCGCCACGGUGUCUGGCGGACAAGUGUUACUCGAAGAAGGCGACAACACAAUUGAUUUCGUAACCAACUGGGGAUGGUACCUAAUCGACUACAUCACCAUCACCCCCUCCGCCCCCCGCGCACCCCACGACAUAACCUCAACCCUAGUCAACCCCAACGCCAACGACAACGCCUACGCGCUCUACACUUACCUCCAAUCCAUCUACGGCAAAAAAAUCCUCUCAGGCCAACAGGACCUCUCCUGGGCCGACUGGAUCACAGCCCAGGUCGGCAAGACCCCCGCCCUAGUGUCAGUUGACUUCAUCGACUACAGUCCCUCGCGCGUCGAGUUCCAGGGCAACGUCUCCACGGCCGUCGAGGACGCCAUCACGCACCACGAACGCGGGGGUAUUGUGUCUGUCCUCUGGCACUGGAACGCACCUGCCGGAUUGUACAAUACGGAUGCCGAGCCGUGGUGGAGCGGCUUCUACACCGAGGCGACUGAUUUCGAUGUCGCGGCUGCGCUGGCAGAUACUACGAAUGCAAAUUACACGCUGAUUCUUCGAGAUAUUGACGCGAUUGCGGUGCAACUGAAAAGACUUGAGGACGCGGGUGUGCCGGUGCUGUUCCGGCCGUUGCAUGAGGCGGAAGGAGGGUGGUUCUGGUGGGGGGCUCAGGGGGCGGAGCCAGCGAAGAAGUUAUAUGCGUUGUUAUAUGACCGGUUGACGGAGUAUCAUGGGAUUGGCAAUCUGAUUUGGAUGUGGAAUUCCAUUGCACAGGAAUGGUAUCCUGGGAGCGACGUGGUAGACGUGUUGAGUGCGGAUGUGUAUGCGCAGGGGCAUGGGCCCAUGUCUACGCAGUAUAAUCAGCUCAUCGACCUUGGUGCCGACAAGAAGAUGAUCGCUGCGGCCGAGGUCGGUUCGGCACCGUUGCCGGACUUAUUGGAGGUGUAUGAAGCGGACUGGCUGUACUUUGCCGUCUGGGGCGAUUCGUUCAUUAACAAUGCCGAGUGGAAUACGGUGGAUGUCUUGAAAGAGAUUUACAACCACGAGUAUGUCUUGACUUUAGAUGAGAUUCAGGGGUGGGAAACACAAUAG